CCUUCAUAUACACUCAGUAAAGCCAAGCUUAGUCCAGUCAGGUAGUUCAUCCAUUACAGCUUUUGCUUCAUAUUGAGACAAAUCAGCAGGUCCAUGAAGCAACCAUCUCCAAUUGUGUUAGAAACUUAAAAGUAAUGUGCUUAAAAACAACAACAGGCAGUUUUUUAGUCUUGGGGCUGCUGCUGAAUGAUCGCCAACACUUCUGAAUUGCAUAAACUUGAAAAUCAAAAAUGACUUCCAAAAGACAAUACAUUGUAUACCCAAAUAGGUCAUUGCAAAGGGAAAGUCAUGUUACCAACCUAAAUUCAAGAAAGGUUAAUUUUCCAUCAUCAAGUUGCAACUCAGAAAAUAAUAUCAGUAUCAGAAAGCCAGAAAACCGUGAAAUAUGUCAUAACUGGAUUCUCUCAAUACCUAAAAAUGCAGCCAAAGAUUCUGAGGUGGAAAUUCCUAUACCCCCUAGUCUACACAGAUCCCUAACUGAUUCUAAAAAGUCUUUAAUUGGUUCAAUCAUAGAAGAAUGUGGCAAAGUCCAGAUUCAUUUUCCAAGUAACAACCAGGGCCCUCAAAAAGUCAUUAUUAGUGGCACCACAGACAUUGUUGAAAAAGCCAAGAAAAGACUUCUGCAAUUAGCAGAAGAGGAGCAAGCCAAAAGUUACUCUGUGGCUAUUCCUGUCAAGUCAAAAUAUCACCAAUUUCUUAUGAGUAAAAAUGGUGGCAAUCUUCAGAGUAUCUGUGAGAAGACUGGGGUACGUAUCAUUUUUCCUACCUUUAAGAACAAAGAUCAAGAAUCAAUAACUAUCAUUGGAACAGAAGAGGCUGUUAAAAACGUGAAAAAAGUGGUAGAGGUUUUACUGAAAGAUUUGGAGGAUGUGGUGGAGGAUAACAUAUUGAUAAGUCCUAAGUUCCACAAUUACUUUGUCAUGCAAAGGGGACAGCUUUUACGAGAAAUAAUUAAAGAAUACGGUGGUGUGUUUGUUACAUUUUCUUAUGCUGGAAAACAGAGCACUAAAGUGACAAUAAAAGGAGCAAAAGCUUGUGUUGAAGCAGCAAAAAAACAUAUUCAGGGGAUAUUUGAUCCAUUGGGUUCCCAAGUCACAGCACAGUGUGUGGUUCCUCCCAAAUUUCAUCCUUUUAUCAUGGGACCUAUAUGCUCUCGAAUUCAACAGACUGCUAGGGAGUGUAAAGUUCAAAUCAAAUUUCCUGACACAGAAAAGACAACUAAGAAGACACAUCCAGAGGUUCAGGAAAUGGAGAAAGACAAGGGAGGAAAGAAUGUGAGAAAACCUGCUUCCACUUCUCCUAAGAAAAGUGACACCACGUCUACUUCGGGAAAAACUGAAAAUUGCAAGGAGGCAGCACAAGCUCUGGAGACUCUUGUUCCUGUCACCGCUGAAGUUCAAGUACCUUUUCACCUACAUCCUUACAUCAUUGGGCACAGAGGAAGUGGAUUACGCAAGUUAAUAAAAGACUUUGAAGUUCAUAUUCAAGUAUCACAACCUGGUGGAAAUUUUCACAUCAUAUCAAUUAUGGGACUUGAAGCAAAUGUUGAACAAGCCAAGACAAAAUUGCAAAAUCAAGUAAAAGCCUUACAAAUGGAACUAGAUGAUCAGACAUUAAGAAGUUUCAGGCAAACAUUCAGAUUAGAUUCCAAAUAUCAUUCCAAGAUCUUUGGUAAUAAAGGCAUACUCAUUUCCCAGAUUUGCACAGAAUAUGACGUCACUGUCCAUUUUUCAAAGAAAGGAAGCAAUUCGACACAAGACCAAAUUACCAUUUCUGGCUCUAAAAGCAACAUCCUCGGUGCCCGUGAUGCAAUAAUGAACAUGCUACGUAAGAUUGAAAAAACAGUUUCCAGAGAAAUCCCACUGAACCACCAUGUUUGUGCCAAUAUUAUUGGAUUUGGUGGAAAAUCCAUCCAGAAAAUCAUGGAACAAUAUCAUGUGGAUAUCCGUGUACCUCCCAAAGGAUCCCAUACUAAUUCUACCAUUAUUGUAAGUGGAUCAUCUGCUAAUGUCCAAGAAGCAAUUGAUUAUAUCUUAAGUCUUGAGAAACAUUUCCUAUCUGUUGGAAAAUCUGAUCCUCCAUCGGACCAUCAUAAGCGCGGUGGUGUUUGCAACACAGCUGCAAGAACCUAUAAGAGUUUUGGUAAAAGAAAUACUCUUCGUAAUGUGAAAUCCACCACACAUCCUCCACAUUUGGACAAUGCUGAAGAUUUUCCCAAAUUGAAACAGCAAACACCUCCUAAGUUUCACCCUUGGAGACCAUAAAAUCAGUGUUAAAAUAAAUAAAGGGAAAUUGUCCAAACUUGA